CUCUAAAAUGUCAAAUUUCCCACGGCUUUACCACGUGAAUAUGUACUCGGAUUAAUUAUAAAACAUUUAAUUAAGAAAACAAAAUCAAAAUACCAAUGCUAGAUAUAAUGUCCUGGGUUGAAUUUAAAACAGGCUUAUCAUCGAAUUUUUGUGGACAACAAAAUAGCGGAGGGCUUAUUAAUGGCAAGCUGCCUAGAUCGAUAAAAUUUCUUUUCCACAUCUUUGUAAAUACAGAAUUUAACCAUUAUUGGAUGGAUAUUCCUUUUAGAGCUUCAUCUUUUACAAUGUAGAAGUUUGCAGGGGAUUCCUAUUGCUUAAUAAGGUGAAUCAGGACUUUAAUAAAAGUUCACUGUUAACUCUUUUACCUGCUUGAAACCAGUCUGACAGUCUAGUUUUAUUAUGUAUUAAUGAUUAAUUUGUAUUCAUUAGUUUAUAAGAUGAAUAUGUGACCUUUUUUGUUACUAGUGUAUUAAUAUCCUAUGUAGGUUACUACGUAUUGACACAUAUCAUGUAUGUCUAAUCUACAGUUUAUAACAAUUUAUUAACACCCAUCAUGGUCUGGUAAACAUUGUGUUUUCAACUCAGCAUUUAUAUGAUGUUCUAGAAAAAAACAAUUAAAAUUAACUGUAUAUAAACUCUCUUUUAACUUAAACAUUAGGUGUCAUACAAACAAGUGACCAGUAUUCUCACUCAGAACAGUGAACACAAGAAGACGCGAGUACAAUAUCUCCAUAGGGAUAACAAAUACACAGACGAUUCAAAAGCAUAACUUAAAUUGUAUAAGUUAGGCGUAUUGGACAGUUGAUACACACUUCAAUGGUAACGCAGAGAAAGGCAGCAUUGGUUUUGAGAGGAAGGGGGAGGCAACUCACAAUAUGCCUGAACAUCUGAUGGAAUCUCAUCCAUCCGUCCAAGCUGUUCAGUUGGAGCCAUUUCAACAUCAAGUCGGUGGACAUACCGUUGUUUUACAUUAUGAUGAAACAACUUUAUGUAAACCAUUGGUUAAAAGAGAACAACUUUUUUAUGUGACCCAACCAGAAGAAUUAAAAGAAUUUACUGCUGAAUAUAGAGGAGUGAUUGAUGUACAACUACAAGAAGAUAAUAAUGGAUACAUAACAUUAAUAGGUUAUCCACAUCUUAUUGAUAGUGAUGAUAAUUUAUUAAAACCUGACAGUGGUUCAUCAUCUCCUUUAUCUAGUGGUAGUGAUAGUGAGGCAACAACAACACAGUAUCCUAUUGCUCAUAAAAAUACUCCAAUUAAACAUAAAACAGGAAGUAGUACUGGUAUUCGUUUUUUAAGAAGUGGUAGUUUAGAAGUUAGCACACAAACGGACAAAGUUUUUUCAACAGCAGAUUCCAGUAAAAAGGGAAGCCUUAAUCCCUGGAGUUUACGCUGCCAUAAAAUGUUGUUAAAGAAAUGGCGGAAUCAGGGACAAUCUUCUGAUACUUCUAAAUUUAUAUUACUAGAGAAUGUAGCUGCUCAUUUUAAACGUCCAUGUAUAUUAGAUUUAAAAAUGGGUACACGACAACAUGGUGAUGAUGCAAGCGAGAGUAAGAAAAGGCUACAGAUGGAGAAAUGUAAACAAUCUACAUCAAGUACAUUAGGUGUUCGUGUCUGUGGAAUGCAGGUUUAUCAAGUUGACAGUGAAACUUACACUAGUCGAGAUAAAUAUCAUGGUCGCUCAUUAUCUGAAGAAGGAUUUAGUGAGACAAUACGACAGUAUCUUCAUGAUGGUCGUAAUAUACGAUUAGACAUUAUAAAGACUAUUCUUGAAAAACUGAAAAAACUUCACCACUUGGUGGAAAAACAAGAUUCAUUCCGUUUUUAUUCCAGCUCACUUUUAAUAAUGUAUGAUGGGAUUGACGGUGGGAUGGACAGUGCUGAGACUUUAUCACAGGAAAAUAUGGUGAAUUCUGAUGAAGUGUUGCACAAUGAGUCAUUAGAUAAUGAUGAUAACGAUAAAGGACGUGUGGUUGUUAGAAUGAUAGAUUUUGCUCAUACCACACAUCGUGGUUUUUAUGGAGAUAAGACAACUCACGAUGGACCCGAUCGAGGAUAUUUACUUGGACUAGAAAACUUAAUUAAAGUGUUCAGGCAAUUACAAGGAGAAUACACUGCUAGCUGAUUCAGGAUUUAGUAAUGUAAUUCUAUAUUAAGAAACAGUGAAUAGUUCACUGUGUUUUCUAUCCAUGUCAAUCAAGUCAGUAUUUUUUUAUUGAAUGAUUUGUGUUAAGAUAUAUUUCUUAGAUAAUGUGUAGUUAAUCUGUGUACGAUGUUUAAAUGAUAAAGUUUAAUUAAAUAAAACACUUUAUGUGGUUACUGGCAUACUAUUUAUAUACAUGAUAUUUUAAAUAAAAAAAAUUCCUAGAUAAAUUGACACUUUUUUCGACUAGUAUAACUGGGAUUUAACAUGCCCUCAAAAUAAGUCAUUUUGGGACUUACAUGAUAGAUAUUUAUUUCCAUAAUUUUAUUGCACAUGUCGGCAGUAGUCGUCACGCUUUCAUUCUAUCGUAUUACGACAACAUGUAAUUUUGUAGGAAUAUUACUGAUAUAAAUUUGAAUACCAUACAGGAAUUAAAUAUGAAAAAAACCGAGGUUCACCUAUAUUUUUUUUUAUUAGCAUAUGAAUUUAAAUAUUUUGUUGACAAAUGACUUUUAAUUGUGGUCUGAAACCGCCUACUUAAAUAACGAUAAGAGUUAUGCCCUUUAUUUUUCGUAAAAAUGUCUGACAAGAAAAUUUUUGAAAUAGCAACACUUACAUAGGGGUCUUUAGCAGUAGGUGGAAACCUGGGGACCCAAAGAAAACCCACGAGGUUAACCAGGCAACUAUAUUCGUAUCAUAAGGGGCCAGUUUUACAACGUGUACUGCUAAAUCUAUUAAAAUGUUUGAUUUAUGUGUAUGUUUCAUGUUCUUUGUGAACUAUGAACCUUGUCCAAUAGAGUGUUUUAUUUAUAUUUCUUACAUUAUAAUUAGUACAAUAUAUCUGACAGUUUUUAACAAUUUUUAUAAAAUUCAGAAUUGAAUAUGUUACAUAUAUCUUGAUAGUUGUUCUAUUCUUGUCUAACACUGGUAUCAUCAUCUUGGCUAUUUGAUUUAUUGACAGUUCAAUUUACUAACAGAAUUUAUUAGUUACAUUUCAUUUAAGUGACUUAAGGACACAACAAAUUCUGUGAUUUUCUUACUGUAAGUAAAUAAAUAUGUAAGUGUCUUAAGGAGGCUUGGCUUGCAAGAAUUUCGUCAAUGACCUGAACAUUGUACGAGAUGGGAAGCCAUAGUUUGUCUUUCAAUCCAAGCAGAAAAACAGAAAAGCCUUGAUACUGAUGAUUAACAAGAAUUAGUAUUGUUAUUAUUGAGUAUGUUGACUUUAUUUUAGUUUUAAUUAUUAGAGGCAAAAUAGAAACGAUUAUAGUUCAAAGAUCUCAUUGGUUUACUUUGUUAACAAUAUUAUUAUUUAUCCGGAACAUGUGAUCAAGAAAUUUUAACUAGUCGUCCAUCUUGCUACCUCAGUAUCAUUAAAUUUGUCAUGGUUUAUGGUAUUUAAAUCGACUGGUAAAAUUGUUGGUUUACUCACUCCUACCACCCCUUCACACAGAUUGCUUCUCAUACAUUUCAUGACUUACGUUAUAUUUCUAUGUAUAGUAGAUUUGGUUUAAUGAAGCAUUCUGUGAUAAGAUUACACUACAAAUUGAUCGGGUCUACUGACUUUCACCAGAAUUAUUAAUUUGUGUUUUGUUAACAGAUUAGUACAUGCAUUAACUUAGCUGUAUGAUGGAUUUUUAUUGGUCCGGAGUGUCAAAGGUCGUAGAGAUAUGCACACAUCUCAUGAUUGGCCGAGAGUAAAAAUGAACUUCACCGUUUGUUGAAUUAUGCAGAACUUGUGGAUUUCUCAUAACUAAAUACGCGAACAUCCAGUCAGCAAUCUACAGUUGGCACUUGUUUGUUCAGAUCAGUAUUAGUUGCAGAGACAGUUUGGACUGGAGGGAUCAGGACUACAUCAUCCGUAACUUGCUAAUUUAAUGGCGCCUGGUGCAUAAACAUCCACAGCUUCAUAGUACAAAUCAAUAUGACUUACAUACAAUUAAGACUUGGUAUGAUAUGUAAGCUUUAGCCUAUGCAUUAAUUAGUUUUAAAGGGCCUACUAUUGCUGUUUUUUGUGUGUAGAGGAACAGAAACCUUUGACUCAUUUUAUAUAUUGGGCAUUUUUACAAACUUUUAAAUUUAUUUUCCUGAAAUACAGGAAGUGCAAGAUUCAACAUUUUUUAGGGCUCUCUCUCUCUCUCUCUCUCUCUCUCAAUAUUUAGAUAUAUUUAAAAUUCCUGAUUAUUCAUUUCUAACAUUGUCUAGCCAGGAUUAAUAUUUGGACUGUAAUUACAAUGCAUUGAAUAUAUUUGUUGUUUUGGUUCUUAUCUACUUUUCUAAUUUAUUACUUUUCCAAUUUAUAUAUUGUAUUAUGAUAGAUAUUGUAGCCUAUAUAAAUCUUGUAAUUUAACUAGUAUGUCAGUAUAACCACUCAAGUCUGCUUAAAUAACCUUUAAUAGAUAAUUUUAAAACCUUACCAUUUCAUGUUGUAUUUUACUCUGGUUAUUAAUCAUUAAGCAUAGGUUGCCAUGCAGCAAAACAUACACCCACUAGAAGCUUUGUUGUCUGGGCCAUAAUUUGAAACCAAUUUAUGCAAUAAUUUUAUCUAUUUGUCCAUAAUUACUGAAUAUGCUUGAGCAGCUAUCAAAGACCUGCAGCUCUUCAAAUCCAUAUAAUUUAUAGAAAUAAAAAGACCAAAUUAUCAAUUUACAGAUGAUUAUUAACAUUUUUAUAAUAAGGGCAUAUAAAAGCCACCCCACAUCUAUUAGAUAAUACUCUAGCUUAUAUAGAUAAUCUUGAUUAAUAAACCUAGUUGUAACUCAAGGCCUUGUAUAUAUUGUAUACCACUUACUGCCUUUUGUAUAUUAUAUUUUAGGUGAUUUUAUGUACCGGUAUUAUAUGUCUGUAAAGUUGUGUUGGCACAUUCCUAUUUAUCUUCUGUUACGUGUAACUCUCAUAUUUCUAUUUUUCGUACUAGUACAUGUUUAUAUAUAUGACGGUUUAUGUUUUAAUUAUAUAUUGUACAUAUAAAAUAUAUUUAAGAAUUCUUUUAUUUUAAAACAAGACAUUGUUUCAGGUGAAACAUGAUGGCCUCAUUUUCAUUUUCUAGACAUAAUGCAUACAUGUAUUUUUGAAUUUAACUGUUAGCUUUUGUUCAAACAAAUUCAAGGCCUGUCAAACAUAAAGCUAAAAAUUUCUUUGACAUUUCCAUAGAGUUCACAAAUGUUUGUUAUUACUGGACUUAUUUGCCAACUACUACCACACUAUUUUUUUUUUAAAUUUUUCAAAAAGCUUUUUGUGUUGUACAUGUGGUGCACUAUCUGAUGAAGUGUAGGACCACUACUCAUUCAAAAUUUUUAAAAUCCUACCUACUGUGUGAAACAUUGUAAUCUGGGUACAGUUCAUGAUUUGAAACCUGGGUUUAUAAAAUACAGGGUGAAUUCUUUUGUUUUAAUCUUGUUUUAGAAUAUAUUUUUCUAGAUAUACCAGAAAUUGCACAUAUUGAUAUAUUUAGCAUAAUUUUAUCUCAUUUGUUGAUUUAGUUAAAUUUCGCUGUUUUUGCCCAAAUUCUGGAAUUUUCUGUUAUUAUUAAAUAUUUGCUUAGAUUUUACUAUAUGUAUCCACAUUAAUAACCAAAUAGUUUUAUAUGUAUACAUAAGACAUUUGAAUAUAAUCACUAUUAUAUUAUUCAGUUUGUAUAUUAUUGAUUUAAAAUGAAGGAUUGUAAAUAACCUAAAAAUCUAUAUGCUAUACAUUCAUAAUAAAAUAAUUCAAGGUU